CCAACCGACAAACCACUCCGAUUACCCUUACAAGAUGUCUACAAAAUUGGUGGUAUCGGUACAGUGCCAGUCGGUCGAGUUGAAACUGGUAUUCUCAAACCAAACAUGGUUGUUAACUUUGCUCCAUCAACCAUCCAAACUGAAGUUAAAUCCAUUGAAAUGCAUCAUGAAGCACUUGAAGAAGCUUUACCAGGUGACAAUGUUGGUUUCAAUGUCAAAAACAUCAGUGUAAAAGAUAUUAAACGUGGUUUCGUUGCAUCAGAUAUCAAGAAUGAUCCAGCUCAAGAAUCAGCUAACUUUGUCGCUCAAGUUAUCGUUCUCAAUCACCCCGGUCAAAUUGGUGCAGGUUAUGCUCCAGUUCUCGAUUGUCACACAGCUCAUAUUGCUUGCAAAUUCGCUGAAUUACUCGAAAAAGUCGAUCGUCGAUCAGGUAAAACCAUUGAAGAUGCACCAAAAUUCCUUAAAUCAGGUGAAGCUGCUAUGGUAAAAAUGAUUCCAUCAAAACCAAUGUGUGUUGAAAAAUUCGCUGAAUAUCCACCACUCGGUCGAUUCGCCGUACGUGAUAUGCGUCAAACAGUUGCUGUCGGUGUUAUCAAAGAUGUUGAAAAGAAAGCUCCAGCUGCAGCCAAAGGUGCCAAAGCUGUACCAGCUGCCAAAGGCAAAAAAUAG